GAGCUAAAAUUUUUUGGGAACUAAACGCCCCCCAAAUUCACCAACCGUCAAGCCAAACCAAUCCAUUCGAGCCCCUCCAAGUUGAAUCCAUCACCGGAGCUAUGAAAUCGGGCUACCGGACCAUGACAGCUAGCAAGCGGGAGUUGGGGCGAGCCGCGAGCGGGCGGCCGGCGAGCAAGCCAUGGAGGCCCCACGGAGGCACGGCGGCUCGCGGCCGGCCGGCGAGCAAGCGGCGGCAGCCACACGCAGGUGCGGUGGAGCGUGAACCUGCGGGCGACCACGCUGCGGUGCAACGAUCUUCGAGCAGAGUCGCGGGCUGCCGGCCGCAGCGGCGUGUGCGGGCUGCCGGCUGGGGUAGCGACGAGCUGGCUGGCCAGAGAUGUCCGUGGACACGCGGGAGCAGCGGCCGUUGGCGCCGUAGGUCGGAUGAGGAGUCCCGACCGAGCUUCCACAAGUGAGAGUCGAGAGGGGAGAAAAGAGGACCUCUCAUCUGUCGGGUGCCGGAAGAGAGCUCGGCUGGAGAGGGUUUUUCACUAUUGGACAGGCCAGCUAAUUGCAUUUAGGUUUAUCAGGCUACAAUGUAUAUACAAGGCCAUAAUGUCUCGGCUUGGUUGUUCAGAUUAGUUUGCAUAUAUGGUUUCUCAUCGUUUUAAGUAUUUCGGAAUAAAUCAAUAAAUUAGUCCUUCUAGUGGCACCAAACCAGAUUUGUAGUUUGUGUUGAUUGGUUAGCCUUCCAUUGUGCAUAAUUUCUCAGAAUUUUAGGAACACGUUUGGUAGAUAGCCUUUUCUUCCCCCUUUCUUUAAUGCUACUUGCAUAUGGAAGUGGAAUGGACAAUGGACACAUAUUUAUGUCCAAAUAUAUUUUGAAUAGCACAAAUUUUGCUUGAAUUUGAGUUUGACAGUACCAGUGCCCAUGUUUCUCGCAGUACAUAUUUUUGGGUUCAUAAACAUUUCUUCUAUAAUUUAUAAUGGGUUUUUGCCUUGCGCAGUUUGCACCAUUCUAGGGACUUUAAAACUUUAUGGUUUUGUGGGAAUCAUAUGUGCUUAUUAAGCCUUUCCUACCAUGCUUUCGUAAUAGCAAUUUCCUUCUACACCACAGCAGAGUAUGGUUUUGGUAAUUAGAUCGUGACUGAUAUGCAGACCAUAGCGGUAUUGAUAAUUCACUUGUUUGCAUGAUGCUUGUUUGCUAUAGAGUUAUGGUGUCUUAUUUGCUUGAAAAAACUGUGUCGUUUGUUCUAAUUAGAUUGCUCUUGUUUGCCUUCAUCUAUACUUUUUUAUAUAUGCAAUUGGUUGCAUUUUGAUUGGAUGUUUUCCUUUAUGUUGCUGGAUCUCAUUUUGGAUGGCAUCUGGAUGACCGGAUGCAUGGUUCUAUUAGCAGAAGCUUCAUAAUGCUCCAGAAAAUCAUCACCAUCUAUAUUAGGAAAAAGACCACAUAAACCCCUAACGUAUUAUGGGUCGACUACAUCACCCCCUCAACUAUAAACCCAUAGUAUGUUGGGGGGUUAAAAAUCCAGUGCAUUAGUUCACCUUUAGAUGUUCUUGAAAAAUUCUCUAAUAUUGUACGUGCCUAUUUGAAAAAAAAGUAUGUUGUAUAUUGCUCAAUCUGUGUUUCAAUGUUGAGCGAGACAGCUUGUAUGCUGUGUUUUUUGUUUUAAUGUGCAUAGUGGUCCAUUCAGUAAUCUUGUUUUCAUGAAUUGAUAGGUCUUCAAUUGUUCAAACCUUGAAUUACUUCUUUCAACAUCUAUCUGGUUUGAGAAACCAUAACAUGGUCUGCAUUUCGUAUGGAUAUUCUUUAUAACAGUAACAUUACUUUUAUCGAACAGACAAGGAAUUUGCUCUCGAUUGCCAUGUACGAGAUCGUCUAUAUAAGAGGGAUAUUUCAUGAGAGGUGUUUCUGUGAUAAAUCUGUUCCAGCACUAGAGAUGAAGAUUAAAACGCUGAUGCCAGUGGAUGCUGAAUCAAAAAGGCUGAUCGGUUGGAUGGAAAAAGGUAUCUACGAUGCUUUGAAAAAGAAAUAUCUCAAGACCAUCCUCUUUACCAUCUGCUAGGAAGAAGUGAUAAUUGAGGAGUACGCCUUCUCAUUUGGCUACUCCAACACUUCUGAGGAAGUUGUGAUGAUUAUGAAUCGUACGGGGAGCAAAAAGGGUAGCACUACUUUUAGAUCAAAUGCUUCUGAUGUAACUCCUCAUCAGAUGAGGAGCUCUGCUUGUAAGAUGAUCAGAAGGCUGGUUUCACUUAUGAGGAACUUGGAUCCAAUGCCAGAGGAGCGAACAGUUCUAUUGAAGUUGAUGUACUACGAUGACACCACCGUCAAGAAUGUCCUUCAGAAAUAUGAUGAUAACAGUGCUACCAGCGGAGAUUAUGAUAUGAAUGUGGAUGAUGAUUACCUUUCUAACACAAAGCCACCUGGAAGAAGAUCUGGAUAUGUUUUGGUAUCCUCUUCAAAGAAGGUUGAGUUCCUAUUAGAUUCAGGUGCAACUCACCACAUCUGCAAUGACAAAGGAAUAAUGCGUAAUUUAAAGGAUGUGAAGGAGGAUUAUCAGGUCCCUUUAUACUCUUGUACUGGUGCUGAAUUGAAAGCUGAAAUGAUGGGCUCAGUUAUGACAAAGAACUUCAAACUCGGACAAGUCGGGUUCAUUCCUGAAAUGGCCUUUAAUGUUGUGUCUGUCAGUCAGGGUCUUCUCACCAACAUUUCAGAUGGGCAAUUCAGUAUCACUUCUGUAGACGAUGCAAGAGUGGUGGGAGAAGGAUUUCUGAAGAAGCAGCACAAUAAAGAUAAUGGCUCACACUACUAUGAAUAUAUCUUCCGAACUAUGAACUGGGUUGUCCAACAGGAUGACGAGAAGUUUAUUGACAGUUGCCAUGAAAGUGAAAGUGGUGAUGAUGAUGAGGACUGGGUUAUAGAUACUGGUUGUUGGGACCAUAUAGUACCUACACUUAGUAUGCUAAGCUAUGCAAAAAGAGAGAGACAUCCCAUCCAAUCAGCAUCUGGAACAAUGUGGGCAACCCACAAAGGGUCAACCACAGUGGGAGAACUAUUUCUGAAGGAUGUCAGAUUCUGCAAAGAUCUUACAAGGAGACUGCUGUCUGGAGCGAUGCUGGAUCUAAGUGGACAUAGGAUGACUUUCAAUGCCCAAAAGUGCACAAUUGUGCAUAAAGAUGGCUUGGAACUGAAAGGAGUAGGCAUACUUCAGAAGAACACAGGAUUGUACUUGCUACAAGAAAAUGAAGAAGAGGAGAGAGCUAUACAGGAAGAGAAGAAUUUGGUGGCGGAAACAGAAGAAGAUGAGUUGAUAGACAGUGAAGAAAGGAAGAACGAGAGCAUGAUGAAAGAGGAGGAGGAUGACCUGACAGACCUGACCGCUUAUGCAGAAGGGUUGAAGACAGCUGAAGCAGAACAGUCUGGUCUGCCACCUGAUGCCAAAGAUGGGAAGAACAAGAGGGCACCAACUGAGGACACCAACAAGCCUGCUAAGCGAGCUAAGAAAGGCAAGGCUGCCAAGAGAACUAAGAGGCGGCAGCUUAAGUAGGCCAAUGAUCAUUGUAAUGGAAGUUGAUGCCGCAGAGAAGCUGCUGGGCAGGAAGGCAGUGGCCAAUACUGUUUUUCUUUUCAACUGAUUGUCCCCAUUGUUUACUUCCAUAACAAAGGCCAGAAUUUUCCAGUGGAAAUAUACGUCUGUGUUUAAGUGUUUUGUAGUGUUUUCAUCCCCGUUUGUGUAAUUUUCUCUGGUGCAGACAGAUGUGUUCACUGUGUCUUCAUCUUGUGCUGUGUUGCUGCUGUAAUUUGCGGCCGUGCCACAAUUAUGAAUGAUCAAGUUCAGAGCGGAAUCUCUUCCCCAGAGUUCUGUGAUUCUGUCUCUACUCA